AUGGUGGUGGUGAUGAUGGUAGUGAUGCUGAUUUUGAUGGUGGUGAUGGUGGUGGUGAUGGUAGUGACUGGGAUUUUGAUGGUGGUGGUGAUGAUGGUAGUGACUGGGAUUUUGAUGCUGGCGGUGGUGAUGGUGAUUUUGAUGGUGCUGAUGGUGGUGGUGAUGGUAGUGACUGGGAUUUUGAUGGUGGUGGUGAUGAUGGUGGAGUGCAUUGACGAGCAUCAGGCCAACGAGGCCCUGGAGGAGGUAACUCUCUGGGGGAUCAGCUCUCCAGAGGAUGUGAUGCAGGGCGCGCAGAGCCUGCUCGGCACCCGCCUGUGGAACAUCCCGGGCUCUGCUUGUUUCCGGCGUGCCCGGCAUUCUGCCUGCAUCAGCUCACCCGGCCCCCCUGACACCCCACGAGGCAGAUACCACGGGCACUGCUCUUUCCAGAUGGGGCUGGGCGGCUCAGAGAGGUUGAGGAGCCCGUCCUCAGUCACACAGCACAGCCAGCACAUCCCGGAGACAGGACUUACCCCGGGCCAUCUGGCUCCUAACCUCCGGGCCGCCCACCCUCCCGGGACCCCACCCCUGCCCUGGGUAGAGGAGCUGGCUGAGAGGCGGUCUUCCCCACACCUCCACCUCGUCUGCCCUUGUCUACAGCUGAUGCCGCUGCUGAAGCUUCAGCACGCCCACAUCUCCAUCUACCAGGAGCUCUUCAUCAUGUGGAGCAGCGAGACCUCCUCUCUGUUCCUCUGCCUGGUGAUGGAGCACCACGAGGAAAGCUUCCAGAAUGUCAUUGAGAAGAACAGGGCGGCAAAGACAGCCAUGGACUCCGAGUGGCUGCAGAACAUGCUGGGCCAGGUGCUGGACGCAGUGGAUUACCUGCACCACUUGGACGUCAUCCACAGGAACCUCAAGCCCUCCAACAUCGCCCUCGUCAGCAACGACCACUGCAAACUGCAGGAUCUGAGCUCCAACACGCUCAUGACCGACAAGGCCAAGUGGAACGUCCGGGCAGAGGAAGACCCCUUCCAGAAGUCCUGGAUGGCCCCCGAAGCCCUCAGCUUCUCCUUCAGCCAGAAGUCCGACGUCUGGUCCCUGGGCUGCAUCAUCUUGGACAUGGCCAGCUGCUCCUUCCUGGACGCGCUGGGAGCCAUGCGCCUGCGCAGGUCCAUCCGGAGCUCCCCCGCCAGCCUGAGCGGCGUCCUGAGGACCAUGGAGGAGAGGAAGGUCCCCGACGCGAAAACCUUCCAGGCCCUUUUGCCGCUGAUGCUCCAGGCCGACCCCGCGGAGCGAGUCACCGUGAGGGACGUGAUUCACUUCACCUUCGUGCGCAGCAACUUCCGGUCCUCCGGCAUCGCCCAGGUGCUGCGCCGGCAGGUGGUGCCCGAGUUCAUCAUCGACAUGCUGCUGGAGAGCAACGUGGCCAGCAUCUUCGAGGUCAUGCAGAACUUCUCCAGCCGACCCGAAGUCCAGCUCAGGGCCCUGAAGAGGCUCCUGAGGAUGACUGAAGACCAGCUGGGUCUGCCGUGGCCGGCGGAGCUGGUGGAGGUGCUGCUCACUGUCAUGAAGCAGCACCAGAGGAUCCUGGACAUACAGCUGCGUGCCUGCACCCUGCUGCUGCGCACCCUGGGCCAAGCGCUGGCUCAGGACGCGGCAGCCACCAUCGCGAACACCAGCACCAUCGCUGCUGUGCUGCUGAGCAUCCUGCAGAGCCACCCCGUGGAGGAGCAGCUCCUGGCCACGGUCUACAGCCUGCUCACCAUCGUGGCCAGCCAAGCACGCAUGGAGAUCGCGAUGCUCGAGGUCAGGGGAGAAGGGAGGGGCCCCCAGGGAAGGCCUCCUGAGGAGGGGCUCCCUGUGGCCUCACUCCAGGGCCCACCCACAGGACUGGCCAUGGACGAGCUGCAGAGGGCUGGGCUGUUUGAGGACAUCCUGAAGCGCCUGGACAGCCUCCCCAGGAACAGGGACAUCUGUAUCCAUGGCCUGAGCCUGCUCUGGGCCCUGCUGGUGGAUGCUAUCAUUGUGAACAAGGCCCCCUUGGAGAGAGCCCCGGCUCUCGUCGCCGAGGUGCUGGCCACCUUCCCCGGGGAUGCGGAAGUGGCUGAAGCUGGCUGUGCAGUUCUGUGGCUGCUGUCCUUGCUGGGUGAGCAGCUGGGGGCCCAGGGCUGGAGGGCUGGCCGGGCCCCUGGACACAGGUGUGCUGGCCCCUCCACAGGCUGCAUCCAGGAGCAGGAGUGUGCGGAGGUGGUGGACCUGCUCCUGCAGAGCAUACGGCUGCACCAGGACCGAGUUCUGCUGGUGAACAACGCCUACCGCGGGCUGGCCAGCCUCGCCAAGGUGUCCGAGCUGGCCGCCCUGCAGGUGGUGCUGCCCAGGGAGACCGGCGGCGGCCUGGACCUCAUCCGGGAGACCUACCAGUUGCACUGUGAUGACCCGGAGGUGGUGGAGAGCGUGUGCCUGCUGCUGGCCUACCUGGCCACCUACAAGGAGAUCCUGUCUGAGCUGGCGUCCAGCGGCAUCCAGCCCCUGGUUGUGGAGAUCCACAGACGCUUCACCUCCAGCCUGGUGAGUGCUGGCGGGCCCUCCCUGCCUCACUGCAGGGCCCCGCUAGGGCUGCAGAACACCCCAUGGGGCAGGGGGGCCGCCCAGACACCGUCCAGGACAGCCAGCCGCCUUCUCCUUGCAGGAGCUCGUUUCUUACGCAGCCAGCGUCCUCCACAGACUGGAGGCGGCAGCCCAGCCCAGCUCUGAGGGCGGCCGGUAGACGCCACUCUGGGGAGCCGCCUGGCCCUCCUCUCCUCAUCGACCUGUACCUG